UUUAUCUUCACACAUCAGCACUGUGAGGAGAGCCAAUGAACGGAAGGCAGAGCUGCUCAAUCUGUUUCCUCAAUGUUCGCUUUGGCUCUCAGCACAGGAAGCCUAGUGUCAUGAAAAGGCAGAAGAAGGAGCCUCUCCACCUCCAAGGAGCUAAUCAGUCAGGAGCAGGCGGAGUUGGGGUGGAGGAGAGGUGGGGAAGUGGAAGAGGGAACAGAGACACUGGCUGGCAAGGACACACUGUCACAGAGGGAAGCUCCCCACGUCUGCAGCUGGGCUUACAGCAGGAUGGAUGGAGCAAGUGAGCUGUGUGAGCGAUGAAAGCAAAAGCUGACAUGAAUUGUGUUGGGAAGACUUUUUGUGCCUUCAUUCUGCUCACCGUCGCUGUGGCCAUGGUAACAAUGGAUGCCAGAGUAUCUAAAAUAGCUGGUUCCAGCAUUAAUCUGAACUGUAGUAACGUUUCAAUGGUGAAUCUGGUAGCAGUAAUAUGGAAGAUAAGACCAAGGACUGGAAAUCACUGCAUACUGGGAUACAGACGUGAUCUGAACAAGACAAACAGAACAAACUGCAGUGAGAGAAUGGAUUGGAAAUAUAGUCCUGAAACUGAUAGUGCACUUCAGAUACGGCAAGUGACACUCACAGAUGAGGGAUGUUAUAGCUGUGAAACUUCAACCAGCGAUGGAAAUUUCAAUCAAGCCUACACUCUGACUGUAUUAAGUAACUCCAAAGAAACUAGUAUCACCUGCCUGGUCUCUCAUCCGGCUUGGAACACGAGCCAAUCCAAGGAAUGCCCAUCAGACAAUGGAAACAUGUUUCUUCAGUAUUUCGCCAUCUCUGCUGGUCUCCUGGGCAUCCUCUUCAUUCUGGCUUUCAUUUUCCUCUGUAAACUCCACCAUGGCAGAAUUUGUUAUAAGUCCAAAAUCCCUGAGUCUGCUCCCACACACAACGUGCAGGAUAGUAUUGAGCAGCAGGAGUUGGAGCCGUACGCCAGCUACGUGCAGAAGGAAAACAUGAUCUACAACACAGUGUAUGAAGUAACAGUGAGUGAAGAACUCCCACCAGGGCUCCAGUCAGCAACGUGAGAAUCCAGCUGGGCCCAACUCACCACCUGUGUGAAGAAGGGGAACAGGUUGCAGGGAAGAUUAAUGAUACUGGAUUCCUUCCAGAAAAGGAUCUCCAUCACCAAAUACUUUCUUCAUGGGAAGCAAGGAUCUGCAUAGCCACUGGGUGUCUCCAAACAUAUCUGCCUGCUGAUCAAUUCCUCUUGUUUCCUCUUUCCCUUUUUGUCACCCCCGUCCCCAUCCUGGGAAUUGAGUAGCACUGUGAAGGAUGGAGUGACCUGCUGCCAUUGGUUUCACCAUGGACAGCUCUUGUGCUCACAGGUCCCCACUGGCUGCCCUGACUUCAGCAAUCCAAAAAUCUGACAUUCAGUUUUGGACAUUAGUUCUGUGUCACUUUGUGAGGGGGAGGAGGAGUGAAACACCCACUGACCAAGUCUACUGUAAUAAUAAGGGCACUGGUUACUAGACGAGAGAUCAGCUGGAAUGGGAGAUCAGCUGAGUAUCUCCUUAUCCUCCCAAUCCUGAGAAGAAACACUCUCUAUUGAGGAGGUCCAUUGUGUAGGAUGAUGGUUCACAGACAUGCUGAAUAACUUGUCAGGUCCCCCAUUGAACACAAAAUGUUUUCUAUAAUCUGUACUAAGUUACAAGUCAUUCUCAGGAGUCUUCCCCUGGUGGAAUCUCCUCCUUCAGGGAGCACAGGCAUUAACAUACUGCAAUAGCAUAAUGGUCCAGCCACUCCAUUAAUCUGUUUCUAACAGUGGCCAAUGCUAAAUGUUUCAGGAAAAGAAGCAAAACAUCAAUAAUGCGUCUACUGGGAUUGUGCAAUAAUGGACCAAGCCAGGGUAAUUUCUCCCUGACCUCAGCUGGUACUCAAUUUAUCUUGAAGCAUAAGGCUUGCUGGCCCUUGUAAUAUUUAUUUUAGCUAAUGUUAAUUGCAGAAGGGGGUUUUGAAACCUUUCAUUGAAUCUUAUUAAGCUAUUUUGUCUAAGUAUAAUUGCAGCACACGGUUAAUUUACUUCAUAUAAAAAUGAGUUUAUCCAUUUCAAACAUGUUAUCUUUUAAUUUCAUCAAAGUGCCUCUUGUCCAUGUGUUAUUGACAGAGAUAAAUAGGACAAGGCAGUUGUCCUCUCUGCCAGUGUUUCUCAACCUUAUUGGGUGGGUGAGCCCUUAAUUGAAAUAAAAAAAUGUAAUGACCUCUUUUCUUUACUAUAAAAGUAAGAGUAAAAAAAAUGUAUUUAUGCUAAGCCUGUAUGAUCUGUUUGCGUGUACUCACUGAGAGGUUGACAGAGGCCACCUGACCUUGAAGGGGAAGGGUGUGCAGGCCAUGGGGAUGGGAGGGUAAAAUUUUCUUUGCUUUAGACUGUAAUACAAUUUUCAACAUCUCGUGAUCCCCUGAUAGCCUUUUGUGACCCUCCCGGAUGAGAAAAAACAUGGCUCUCUAUUGGUCUCCUUUCCAAGCUGCUGUAAAUAGCCCUUGACUCAAACCUUUCCUCCUAUGGAAGAGCUACCCCACUCCUCAAUCUCCUAAACACACCUGUUGCCCUUCUCCAUUUCUGAUGUGUCCUUUUUGCAUAGAGGUGGCCAGAGCUGGACACUGAAUUCAAGGUGAGGAAGUACCUUGGCUUGGAAUUUCCCAGGAACCUAAAGGCGUUUAGCACCCAACUCCCAAUGGAUUGCAAUGGGACAUGGCCACCAAACUCCUCUGGGCUUCUUUGAAAGUCCCAAUCAUCAUAGAAGUGACAUUGUCAUAACAAUCUCUGUUGCUGUCUUAAUAUAUCCAGAGAUCCAUUCCCUUUUUGCCCACCCGUGGGUGUUGAGCAGUCACCCUCACUGCAUUGUCAACAAGACCGAUUUUUUUCCCUUGAGCCUAUAGCUGUUGUAGAUCAGAGCCCAGCAGUGUAUAGCAGAUUGCCUCUUUCAGUGUACACUACCUUGCAUGUGUCUAAAUUGGAUUCCACCUGCCAGCCUGUUGCCCAGUUACCUAGUUUUGUUAGGCCUUUCAGGAGUUAUUCAUAUGCCUUGAUCUGCUUGACUAAGUCAAUUUAAUUUUUUCCAGGCCCAGUCUCUUGCUGCUAUUAAACAGUCUGGUUUUUCUCACUCUUUCUGGCUGUAGGUUACAUAGACUAUCCCUUCUUUGCACAAAAGCCACAUCUCCCACAACACCAGAGAGCUUAGGUCAGGGAGUCCCACCGGUUGCUUCUGCAGAAGUCAGCACUUUGCAUCCUGACUUGAGGGCUAACCACAUCCCUCUGGGCCUCAUGCUGUGUUAGCCAGCACAGCAACUUGUCCCCCCUCUGUAGAGCUAGACAGGAAUGCUGCCCUGUAGCUGCAUGAUUGUUUAACCCAGGCCAGGACUUAGCCAGACCUUGUAUGGUAAAUUGUACAGCGCAGGCUCUCAGCCUGACUCUGUGACCUGGAGAGCCAAGACACUUGACUGGCCACAUGUGAGUUAAGCAUCUUUACUACACACAAGUCCUCUCUUUUUUCUGAUGUGAAGAACAUCACCAGUUUGGGGUGGAGUUUCUCCCUGCUCUUUUCCUCCAUCACUAGUGCACCCGUGCACAUUCCUUUCCUUGCAGUUCAGUGCCACUGUGCUGAAGCCACCCUGCAAGCAAGCAGGGGUGUUACAUUUAAUUCUGCACAAUUGACUGUUACUUAGUGGCUCAACCAUGCGGGCUUCCUAAACCAGCUCAGAUGUUACAGAGUCACAAAAGGAGACACUGCCUUUUAGUGUUGUAUUAGAUCAGUGGUUUUCAACCUUUUUUUCAUUUGCAGAUCCCUAGAACAUUUCCAGUGGAGGUGCAAACCCCUUUGGAAAUUUAAUCUGUGCUCCAUGGACCCCUACCAUAAAAGUCUUAGACUGUAAAUUGACUGAACAGAAUUCAACUAUGUUGCAUGUGCUUGGCUCGGCAUUUAACACAGCAUGAGAAAGGCGCAAAACUGUGGGUUUCUAUGGUAGCAACAACAAUUCCAGGUUUUGACCUGUAGGUGGGGUAUUCACAUACUUCUGAUCAAUCAGAAAAACAGAACGCCUUUCUGGGAUCUGAAACUUUAUUUUCAGUUACC